UGUUUUUGCCUUUGGUAAUACUAUGGAAUCAGCAUCACCCACCAAACUCAAACAUGAAUCUAUUCCUCCUCCGAUUUUCUCAUUGACCAAACACGCCCUUUGAAGCUCUGAUAUAUUCCAAAUCCCAAUUCUACUCUUCUCGUACUCAUACUCACACUCACAUGGAGGCUGCAAAUUCUGGUGAUGAGGAGGCCCCGCUCGUUGUCGACGAUUUAUCCAUCAAGAGCUCUCACUCUCAGAAUUACACAAGAGAUGUUUAUAUUCUCAGCUUCGCCUUCUUGUUGAUCUUCCUCGCCUAUGGUGCCGCUCAGAACUUGCAGAGUACUCUCAACACUGAGCAUGCUUUGGGUACAACUUCAUUGGGGAUUUUGUAUACGUCUUUCACCUUUUUCUCUCUGCUCGCCUCUAUUGUGGUUCGCUUUCUGGGCUCAAAGAAUGCUUUGGUUCUUGGGACUACUGGUUAUUGGUUAUUUGUUGCUGCAAAUUUAAAACCAACAUGGUAUACAAUGGUUCCAGCUUCUUUGUACCUUGGUUUUGCUGCUUCUAUAAUCUGGGUUGGCGAGGGUACGUAUCUAACUUCUGUAGCCCGAAGUUAUGCAAGAGACUCCAGCUUGCAUGAAGGAACAAUUAUUGGGAACUUCAAUGGAAUAUUUUGGGGAAUGUUUGCCGGUCACCAGUUUGUUGGGAAUCUUAUCUCGCUUGCUCUCCUAAGAGAUGGAACAGACGGAAGUACGAGCGGGACAACUUUAUUGUAUGUUGUGUUCCUUUGCAGUAUGACCUUGGGUACUAUACUUAUGUGCUUCCUACAAAAACGGGAUGGUAAAGGAGAGGAGGCCCCUGAAUCUUCUUCUGUAUCCUUGUAUGUUUCACUGAUAGCUCUGUUGAAGUCAGUCAUCACUCCUUUGUUAAAUGCUCGGAUGCUGUUGAUUGUUCCUCUUAUGGCAUAUUCAGGACUACAACAAGCAUUUGUGUGGGCAGAAUUCACCGAGUAUAUUGUAACCCCUGCACUGGGUGUAUCUGGUGUCGGAGGUUCAAUGGCGGUGUAUGGGGCUUUUGAUGCAAUAUGUUCUCUGGCUGCUGGUCGACUUACUUCUGGUCUCAAGUCCAUCACUCUCAUAGUAUCCGGAGGUGUUUUUGCACAUGUUAUUGUGUUCCUCUGGCUCCUCCUUAAGUACAGCGCAACUAGUGGAGUACUCGGAGUCUUAUACCCACUUCUGAUGGCAGCUCUAUUGGGCAUUGGUGAUGGAGUACUUAAUACACAGCUUAAUGCUUUAAUUGGAAUACUCUUCAAGCAUGACACGGAAGGAGCAUUUUCACAGCUGAAGGUGUGGCAGAGUGCUUCCAUUGCAGUCGUUUUCUUUUUGAGCCCACACAUCUCAUUGCAAGCAAUGCUGUUGAUUAUGCUAGCUGGAAUAUGCAUCUCCUAUGGUGGGUUUCUUUUUCUGACUCUUUUGAUGGAGAGAGUUUGUUCCCCAUCCAGUUUGUAAUAUUUUAAUCACAAAGCAGAGUAAGUACAUACAUAUGUAUGUAUAUGUAAACUGAUUCAUACUGCCAUGCUGAAGCUGCGUGUAAAUCUGGUCAAUAAUGAUUCAAGAUAUAUGUCUAUUUUUCCCAA